AUGUUGGCCUCUGCCAACGCAUUACCAGCCCUGUCAGAAGACGAGCUCAGACAGCAGAGGCUUGUCACGGACAUAAUUGUUGGCGUGAUCAAAGAUGUGUCCGAUUCAAUAGUGGAAGCUGGUCUUGACCCCGUUAUUAUAGAUGAAAGUGACUUCUCAUUCGCUCUUUCCGAACCUGAGAUCUUCAGUGCCGAAGGUAGCGUCAAGGACUUUAAGUUUUAUGGCCUUAGCAACAUCGCUAUCAACAGAAUCAAUUUCUCCAUCCUCUCAACAAGACUGACCUUCGACAUAUCCCUGCCCAGAAUUGGUCUCAGAGUUGGUUCAUCCAGUUUUGCGAUUUCGACCUUCGGAAGUGAGUUUGAAGUCAAAGCCAGUGGCAGCGUUGCAGUUAUACAACCCCGUUUAGUCGGUGACGUUAGAGCCAGUGUUGGUGUCAUCUCUGGAAUCUCUAUUCGCAGCCUCAGCCUAUCAUUCAGCCUUGGAGGAAUUGAGUCUGACGUAGAGCUCAGUCUUUUUGAUCGUGACAUAUCUGCGGAAGUAAAUGACUUCUUGGGCAACACAGUACCCAACACUCUUAAGGAGAACGCGGUUUGUAAAAGUUUC